AUGUCUACUAUAGUAUUUAUUCUUAUUUUAACGUCAAAUUUUCAAUUAACUAUUCUUCAAUCAUGCUCAAGACGAGAUGAAUGUACAAUAGAUGAUAUUGGUCGUUCUAUUUCAAUAUUUAAUGAAACAUUAUAUUUUCAAAGUAGAAAUUGUUUUUGUGAUGAUUUAUGUUUAAUAUAUGAUGAUUGUUGUCAAAAUAUUAGAACAAUAAAUUCUUCUAUUAAUAUAUCUAACUAUGAAUGUGUCGAUUUUCUUUCAUCUACUUCUUCUGUCAACGUUGAUUAUCCAACUAUUUCAAUUUGGAUGACUGUUACUUGUUUACCAAAUUAUAUUGGUACAAAAGCUGAUAAACAAUGUCAAAGUUAUCGAACAAAAACAUUAUCUGAUGAUCCAACAUUAUUUAUACCUGUUACAAGUACUCAAACAAAUAUAACAUAUCGUAAUUAUUAUUGUGCCUAUUGUAAUAAUGAUAUUCAUUCAAGUAUUUUAUGGUCAUAUAAACCAUUAUGUAAGGCAAAUGUAAAUAUUGAUAUUGAUAAAUUUAUGGUAAAUACAACAGAAAAUUUUAAAAAUCUUAUAAAUUUAACACAAAAUUGUAUGAAAACAAUUCAUUAUCCAAUGUUGGAUGAUAGUAAAUUUAUACCACUUGUUUCCAUUCGACCGUGUAAACAAUUUAUUCAAAAUACGUGUAUAAAAAAUUCAUCACUUGCAUUUAUGUGUAAUUCAAUUAAUGCUUAUCGUUAUUUAAAUGUAACAAAAACAAAUCGUUUUAUUACAUAUCGAAAUGAAUAUUGUCUUAUGUGUGAUCAAAAUAGUACAUUGAUCAAUAAUAAUUCUAAUAUAUGUAAUGAUCCAUUUCAACGAUUAGCAAUUAUACCUACAUAUUUAAUUCGUCAUUAUCCAAUUGCCGUUCUAUUUGAUCCAGAUUUAUUACGUAAACGAACACAUUAUUCUACAAAAUAUCCAUGUAACGAUAAAAAUAAAUUAUAUGAUAUAUUUACAAAUGAUUGUUCAACAAUGUAUGAUAUUGAUCAAGAAAUUAUUAAUGCCAUGAAAUGUCAAGAACCUGUUCGAAUUUCAAAAAAUUCAGUUAUAGAAUUAAAUAAUGGAAGUAUUUUAUUAAUAAAAAAUUUAUCUAUACUUUUAGAUCGAGCUGAUUAUUUAUAUGAAACAUCUGAUAUACUGAUAUUCUGUGGUGAAAAAUAUAAAAAUAGUAUUUUUAAUCAUACGUUAGAUAAAACAAUACUAUUAUUUCCAUUUUAUCGUACUGCAUUGUCACUCAUUUGUACAAUUAUUUCUUUGACAAGUUUAGUAUUAUUUAUAAUACUUUAUUCACUUGUACCAUCAUUACACAGUAUUCCUGGUAAAUGUUUACUAUUAUUAGUUAUCUGUUUAUUUAUCGCACAAUUACUUUUUACUACAACUGCUGAUCUUAUUAAAUAUUCAAAAUUUUGUGUUUUAUUUGGAAUUAUUGUUCAUUAUUUUUAUUUGACUACAUUUGCAUGGUUAACAGCUAUCUCAUUUGAUGUAUGGAUUACUUUUUCAAAAAUGAUAGUAAAAGAUUCCGAUUUAUCAGUGAAACGUUUUUUUUAUUACAAUGUGUUUGUUUGGACAUUCAGUGGUGUAUGGGUGUUUAUUUCAGCUAUGCUUCACUUCAUUAAUUAUUCAAAUUCGUUUUCUCCUAAAUAUGGAAAAAUUUACUGUUUAAUAUCUGAACGUAAUGCUACGAUUACAUUUUUUCUCAUUCCCAUUGGAUGUUUACUUGUCACUAUUGCCUGUUUAUUUGCAAUAAGUAUUUAUAAUAUUCGAAAAGCUAAUAAAAUAUCCAAAUUUGCUCGUAAUGUUUCUAAUAAUGACAUACGUUUAACAUUGUACAUUCGUUUAGCAUCAUUAAUGGGUUCUAAUUGGUUUUUAUUAGCUCUUAGUCUAGCACUAGGAUAUGAAUGGAUGUGGAUCAUAUUUGAAUGUGUCAAUUCGAUGCCCGGUGUUUAUGUAUGUUUCGGAUUUUUAUGCAAUAAACGUUUAUUUAAAAGUUUAAGAUUAACAUUGUGCGAUUUUAAAUCGAAAGCACAAUCAUCACUAAGAGGAAAAACACUCUCAUCAUCAUCGACAACAAAAACAACGACGAAUUUAACAACAAAAUUAUCAUCAUUACCGACAACAUGA